CGUAGUAGUCAUUUUCACCCAACUUUUUACUAUAUUUUUAUGAUUAUUCAAAUUCAAACAAGAGUUGACAUUUCUCCUCCUCUCUACCUAAUCAAAUUGAAGAAUCUCGCAAAAACCCCAUUGAACUUUCAAUCUACAAUUAGCAAAAGUAUUCUCAUACCUGCGAUCAAUUGCGCGCAUAAACACAGAUUGUUUCUCUACGAAUCUAGAAUUUGGAGUGGAAUUCGUACGUGAUGGAAGCUGUUGCUGCAGGCUCGCGGAUUCUUCCCCAAAUCAGUCUUAAUCAGAAUUCUGAAUCGUUGCACCAUCAUGUUAAAUUGACUCCAUCUUUCGUCGACACGACCAAACUUUCUGUGGAUCGGUGUUCUAGUUCCAACGCCACGAAAAAUUCUGUUUCCGGAGGUUGGUCUUUGAGACUUCCGGUGCAGAGGAAGGGCGUUGUUGGAAGAACACUUUGCUCGACUGGGGUAUGCACGUAUCCUGGAGGUGCCAUUGAGUCACAUUCUCACACUGCUGGAAAGAUAGGAGUUCUGCUUCUGAAUCUUGGAGGCCCCGACACUCUAAACGAUGUUCAGCCUUUCUUGUUCAAUUUGUUUGCUGACCCUGAUAUUAUUCGUCUUCCCAGGUUGUUCCGGUUCCUUCAACGCCCUUUGGCACAAUUGAUUUCAGUGUUGAGAGCUCCUAAGAGCAAAGAAGGUUAUGCUUCCAUUGGUGGAGGUUCACCUUUGCGCAAGAUCACAGACGAGCAGGCAAGUGCAUUGAAAUCGGCUCUUGAAGCUAAGGAAGUUUCCGCAGAUGUCUAUGUAGCAAUGCGAUACUGGCACCCGUUCACAGAGGAAGCAGUUCAUCAGAUUAAGAGAGAUAGGAUUACAAGGCUUGUCGUAUUGCCACUGUAUCCCCAAUACUCUAUUUCAACAACCGGAUCAAGCGUCCGUGUUCUUCAAGAAAUGUUUAGACAUGAUACGCACUUGUCAAGAUUACCUGUUGCCAUCAUACAGUCGUGGUAUCGGCGACAAGGUUAUAUCAAGUCUAUGGCUGACUUAAUCGAGAAGGAGUUGCAAAAUUUCUCGAACCCUGAGGAGGUGAUGAUAUUUUUCAGCGCCCACGGAGUUCCUGUCAGCUAUGUUGAGAAUGCCGGUGAUCCAUACCGAGACCAGAUGGAAGAGUGUAUCUUCCUAAUAAUGCAAGAGCUCAAGUUAAGAGGAACUGGAAAUGAUCAUACUUUGGCUUACCAGAGCCGAGUGGGACCUGUGCAGUGGUUAAAGCCAUACACUGAUGAAGUUCUCGACUCGGCAGUGUAAAGUCUUCUCGCAGUUCCAGUGAGUUUUGUGAGCGAGCACAUAGAAACUCUUGAAGAGAUUGACAUGGAGUACAAAGAAUUGGCUCUUGAAUCGGGCAUUGAGAACUGGGGCCGCGUCCCUGCUCUCAACUGUACGUCAUCCUUCAUCACUGAUCUGGCGGACGCAGUAAUCGAAGCACUGCCCUCUGCUAUGGCUAUAUCCGGCUCCAACACCACCACCUCAAACAGAGCUGAAAAUGAUUUUGUGGCAUAUGCCAGCAAAAUGAUCUUUGGUUCAAUCUUUGCGUUCCUUCUGCUGUUAUCGCCUAAACUGAUGUCUGCAUUCAGGAGUUACGUUCUUUAGACGACUCGUAUCAACUAUAAACGAGCGACUUUGGGCGCCGGGGGGAUCGUUCCACUAUCAAGGUUGCCCUUUGAAUGACCCUGUGGAUCUUUUUUUCCCAUAUAGCAUAGAAUAGGUUAUAACUUUGAAGUUUCUUGUUUUGUUUACCUUUUUCUUAUAGUUAAUGAUAUAUUCUAACUUUAACCAGUUCGGUUUUGCAUUUUAAUUUGUUUUGCAAGACAAAAUUAGAAUAAAUUAGUUUUCUCGUUGCAA